AUCACUGAUACUGCUCGAAAUUUUGUGACAAAACAAUAACAAACUGUGUCUUGCCAGUGCAUUGUAAGGAUUUUUGGUGCGUAGCUACGAAAGCUGGCGUGGAAGGAAAUUGUAACGUGCAUUUUUGUUCUAUAUCGUCUUCCUUUAUUAGAAGUGGAAAACUUCGGGCUCCUCGAAGAUUAAACCGAGAAAAUUUCGUGAGAUAAUGUCGUCUAGGAAAAAUAUUUGCUGACGAAAGUCAUGGUCAUUUCAUGUGCGGGUAGUGAUCACACUAUGUAACCGUGUAUAUUGAUAGCUUUUAUCAUUAAUCUGUAAUAACAAGAACUAUGCAAAUGUACAAACAUUCAUCUUAGAUUUCACUAUUUACUCGACUUCGAAACAUAAAUCGAAUGUUACAAGUGCGCGUGGUAUCCAAUGUACUUUUCGUCUUGUUUAGCUCGUGUUAAGUUUGAUUUAACGUGCUUAUGCGAUCACGUCUAUUUUAUCACUUUUUGAAAAAUCUAAUAUUUAAAAGUUGAUAUUUGAAGUUAUACAGACUAUAUAACUCACUGAAAGAAAGAUAAUUGAUUUUAUUAUUAAUGGGGGACUCUGGAUAUAUCGAGUUAUUCUCAAACACUAAAACUAAUCCAAUGGAUGGUAUCGUAAAGCAAGAACCUACUCAAGAGAUGGGUUCAUCCUCCGCAUCGGUACCUAUACCAGGUGGACACAGGAGCACGAGGGGUGUAUACGAUCAGUUUUCACCAUCUCCAUUGACUAUACCUUCAAUAUGGCCUAAUCGACCAGAUCUCAUAGAAUCUCCAUUUAAGAUGGAUUCUGACCAGUUAGAUGUUUCUUUUAAAAUGGAAGACGAUGACAUAUUUCAAGUGGACAAAGCAGAUCUUAUUCAAGGACCUACUCUUGCUGAGUUAAAUGCUAACGAUGACACGCUUCUUGGCGAUUUGAAUUUUGACGAUCUGCUUUUACCAGAAGAGAGGGUCCAACCGUUUAAAGUGGAUGCUAAUACAACACAAUCAAUUGGUCCGUUAUUCAAUGAUAACAAUACAAGUUUUGCUUCAAGCAGUUUUCCACAAUCUGGAUCCACAUAUCGUAAUAUUUGUCCUACAUAUAUUAAUGCACAUGGAUUCAAUCUUAAUAUAAAUGUAAAUGUCACUGAUAAUCUGGAGGCAAUUAGUCCAAAUGCAUUUCCAAGCCCAGGGACGAGUAAUGUUGAAGGUAAUUCAACACCAAGUUCUUCCUCGUCACCACAUCCUGUGAACAGGCCUAACGGGCAGUCUGCUCUUCACGAAUUGUUAAUGAGACGAUGUGAAAACUCUUUUGACAUACCUACAUGUGGACAGCUAGACAGUGGAUGUACGACAAGCAAUAAACCUAAAGUUUCUAGAUUGUCAAUGUCUGCUCCAACUCGAACAAUGGUAUUAGAACAGAUUUGGACACGUAGAGAACCACGACCACAUUUGUUGAGCACUGGUAGUCUGGGCGUUGUUGAAGCAGGUUCAACAAGUAGUUUAAGUACUGGAGAAGCAUUGAGUCCAGAUCCAUGCUACCAUACCGAUCAUCUUAGUCACGAUGAAGGUUACGAAGAUAGCGACGAUGACAGUGAUCAUUAUGAUGAUUACAGUAGUGAUAAUGAUACAGGUGGCAGUGAUGGUGAAGAUCAAAGUACUGGAAGUAAAGUAGGAGGCAGUAGUGUGGAUUCAAGUCGGGAAAGUAAACACAGUAAAAAGGAACGAUAUUUUUGGCAAUAUAAUGUACAGGCAAAAGGACCAAAAGGGCAGAGACUCGUUGCAAGGGCACGUCUCGAAGAUCCACAUAUUUUAAAUGAAGCUACGGAUCCCGUUUUUAGUCCUCACUGUGCUCUUCGUGGAAUCAAGCAUAGUGGAAAGGCACGGAAAGGAGACGGGAAUGACCUUACUCCGAAUCCACGAAAAUUGUAUAGUAUUGGGCGUGAAUUAGAUAAACUCUCUCGCAUUAUAAGUGUUAUGACACCAGUGUCGGAGUUACCAUUUACAGCGAGGCCUAAAACGCGCAAAGAAAAGAAUAAGCUUGCUUCUCGAGCAUGUCGUUUGAAAAAGAAAGCUCAACACGAAGCGAAUAAAAUAAAACUACAUGGCCUUGAACAAGAACACAAACGAUUAAUUCAAGGCAUAUCUCAGGCAAAACAAACGCUUGCUGCAAAGUUAACGGAACCUAAUCCCGAAAAUCAAGAAGAGUUGACACGUCAAAUGGAAAAGUGUUGCAAAUUGGCUACCAAGAUACGAAUAGCGAAUCAUUCAACUGAAUUUGUCAACAGAGUAUUAGAUAAAGUGCGCGCAGGCGUUCAUGAUGGCGGCAUCGAUGAUUUUUAAUAUACCAGGAUUAUUUGCUAUAAACAUGCAUUCAUAUGUGCGCAUACAAAAGCGCGAGAAAGAAGCGAUGUGCAAUGUUAACGGUCUAUCGUAAAUCAGAGACUGUGCGUUUCUACGUGCAAAUCGGGAACCAAAUGCAAAAUGACCAACAGUUUGGAUCUAAGUCUAUUUGAAUGAUUUUACGAAAAGUAAUUAAACGUAAGAUAAAUAUCAGUACUUUAUUGUACUAAUUAGAGGUUAAUAUAUUCUCACAUUUAACUUUUAUUCUUCACAGUAAUUAACGUGGUCUAUAUCGUUCUGAGUGAAAAUAUUAAAAUUUGAUUUUACUCGGUAUACAAUUAUAAAUUGCUAAUAUACAUUAUGAACCACUGGUUUCCAAUUCUAUUUGCGAUAAAUAAUUCUGUUGAUUUAUUUGCUGUAAUGAAUGUAUGGUAAUUAUUUAGAAAUUUUUCCUCCUCGCCGAUUUUGAUGACCUUGAAAUGUGUUGUCACGGUCAUUAAAAUCCGUGAGAGGGCAAACUUCUAAAUGAUCACCGAAUUUAUAUAACAAUCAUACACUUCAUGUCAAUGAUGGAUAUAUAUUUUUUGUACGUUACUUGAAAUUGGAAAUUUAUCAUCGAUUCUCUCUCGCCGAGGCGCUGCAUUCCUAUUUCCCGUUUCUCUGCCUCUUUUCUUUCUUUAUCUUGUAUAUAACAUGCGAUCGUGUAUGUAUGUAUGAAGGGUGGGUGUUGGUGUGCUCGUGUACUUGUGUAUAUGUGUAUAUAUAAGGUAAGAAUAACAUUGCUCUGAAUUUCACAAUAUUAUUCCACACACUAAAAUAAUUAGAGAAAUGUAGUAUUUUGAUUGAUCAUAAUAACGUUAAAACAGUUUUAUUUUAUUUCAGCAUUUUAUUUUCUUUGCAAUUGAUAUAUUUGAUGUUCUCGAAUUUUCGUAUUUUUUACUGCACACGAAACAGUUCUCGAUUUAACUCUAUGCGUAUCAUCGGAUAUAAAAUUGCUCUAAAUUUUAAUCUAAAAAUACUUUUUUUUUUUUAAAUGUAAAUCGUUUUUUAUAAUCAGACAAAAAUUAUUUUUAAUACAUUAAUGAAUUAUUCUUCUUCUAUAAUUUCAUUUAAUAUUUUAUUGUUCCAAUCAACGAACUUGUAAGUAUACUAACUGUAAGUACAGUUUGAAUUAGAUAAUUCAUUUUAAUCGUUCAUUUUAUCACAGGUUGGAUUCUAUGUUUUGGUAAUGCAAAUGGUAUUGAUAUAAAAUUAUAUUACUGCAUUUGAUAACAGUCUGAACUGAUCUAUAAUGUACGUAAAUAACCGAAGAUAAAAUACGUAAUUUCAUAAUUGUUAUUUUUGUAAGAAUUUUGACAAAGUUUUCUUAAUUAUUCAAGUGUGUAGAAUAAAGUUGCGAAUCUUAGCACAUAACUUUUUCUCGUCUUUAAAAAUGCAAAUACGCGAGUUGAGUUGUAUAUAAAACUUUUUUAUAAUACGAAGUAUUUGUUACGUCCGUAAUAAAGUUUACAGUACUGUUCUCCCUUUGCGUGCACUCGCAAAAAUACCAUUUAAUGCAAUCUUCCCCGAUAGGAGAUGCAUAAAUAUUUAAUGUCAAGUAUCCAGUAUGUACAGGCUUUUUUCUUUUGAUUUAAACUUAUUAAUACAGAAUUUUUCAUUGUUGCCAUACAAAAUACUAUUCGAAAAUCAUACAAGCUGUAGAAAAUAAUAUUGAGAUAAAAUUUGUUUUUAGAUGCCUAUUUACGUUAAGUUAUUUGUAAAUAUUGCUUGAGAUUUAGAUUUAAAUAUAUAGUAUCUUCUGUCAUUUUCUUAACAGUCUCAAGCAUGUUUCUUGAAAGUGGCAGCCAUAAAGUAAACAGUUCUAAAACAAGAAACUGUAUGUUAGCAUACAUAUGUACUGUACAUUUAUAUAUUAUUUAAUAUAUGAUUAUAUUUAUAGGUUUUUGGUGACUUUUGUAUGUAAACGGUACAUGCUGAAUAAUUUAAUUUCAGCAGGAAUGUUACUAAUAAUUCAAAAAUAUUGUUCUAAUAUUUUUAUAUAUUUUAUUAUACACGUAUAAAAAGUAAA